AUGUUGGCGACAGACUCAAGGCACACUGUAGUGCCAGGCACUACAGGCCGUCCUCCGGUUCCUCCCGGCGCCUCGCCGCCUAACAGGCUGCGUUCAAGACUUGGGGACACGGGUGUGAAGAGCGCGUCCUUUCGGUUUGGCAAUGUGGCAGUGGACGGCGACAAGCAUUUGGUGGUGCGUGAUGUGGAGAGCAACGAGUUAUACUUUGUGUCGCUUAACCCGAAGGAGGCCUUGGAGGCCCCAGGGAGCUCUGGCGCUUACUCUGUGACCAAGAAGCCGACGCAGGCGGAGGCAGCGCUGCACCACCCAACGGACCCCAUCGUUGCUCUGCGUGCAAAGGCAGAUGGGGGGCAGCAAGUAGUGCAGGUGCUGAACCUGGAGACGAAGGCACGGAUGGGCACAGCCCCUAUGUCGGAAUCAAUUGUAUACUGGCGGUGGGUGGCUCCCCGCGUGCUGGCCUUAGUCACGGACAAGGCUGUUUGGCACUGGACUUUGGGAGAGGGGGCGGAGGCGGGGGAGCCUCAGAAGAUCUGCGAGAGAGAAGGCCGACUCGCGGAGGGCGUGCAGAUCAUCGGGUACUCCACGGACAAAGAAAUGAAGUGGUGCGUACUCACAGGCAUCAGUACGCAAGACGGAGGCAAGACGAUCGAUGGCUCACUGCAGCUGUAUUCUAUGGAGCUGAAGAAACACCAGCAGCUGGAGGGGCACGCGGCCUGUUUCGGGGGGCUGGUGGUGGAUGAGGCGCUGGGCCCUCAGCCAGUUAUUUGCUUUGCUGAGAAAAAGAGAGGAAGCCCUGAGUUUAAACUCCAUGUCAGGGACUUGGCUCCCAAGAGAGAAGACGGCAAGCCUCCCCUUCGCGUAUGUGCAGACAUCAGCCUAUCUCCAGAUGCGCCUUCGGACUUCCCACUCGCCGUACAUCUCAGCAAGAAGCUCGGCCUCGUGUUCUUAGUCACUAAGGGCGGUUUCCUUCUGCUCUUUGACGCCUUCACCGGCACCCAGCUGUUGAGACACCGGAUUUCCCAAGACCCCGUAUUUCUCACUGCGGAUUCUCCUCAAACAGGAGGCGUCAUCACCGUCCACAAGAAGGGCGUGGUGGCGCUUACAACCGUAAACGUGGGAUUGCUGGGUCCCUACAUGCAACAUGCUUUGCCCCACCUGCCAAACAGAGCCCAAAUAUACCUGAGUUUGGCGAAGCGCUACGGCCUCCCGGGGGCUGACGACGCUCUUGUUCAGGCCUUUAACCAGCACUUUGCUAGCGGCGACUACCGGGGAGCUGCGCGCAUCUGUGCCACGCUUAAGUCGGGGCGCCUGCGGACGCCACAAGUGUUGCAGCAGUUUAAGGGUGUCCCGGCACAGCCAGGACAGACAUCCGCCAUCUUGCUGUACUUCUCAACCCUCCUGGAAUACGGAUCUUUGAAUGCAGUGGAGAGUUUGGAACUGGUGCGCCCGGUGGUGGCCCAAGGAAGGAAGGACUUCGUGACGACAUGGCUGCGAGAAGACAAACUAGAGUGUACAGAGGAGCUUGGGGAUGUGCUGAGGCCUCUGGAUGCAGCGCUCGCCACUCAGGUAUACAAAAAGGCCAAGGCUGGCCAGAAGGUUAUGCUCAUGCUGGUGGAGCAAGGUAAGACCGAUGAGCUGUUGGAGUACGCAGCGCAGACUCGCAUGCAGGCGGACUACUCGGCGUUGCUGCGUUCGAUGCUGGCGACCAAUCCGGAGGGCGCCAUGGCGUUUGCUCAGAAAUUGCUUGCCACGGAACCUCCGCUUGUAGACCCCAACCAAGUGGUCGAUGUUCUUUUGCAGCAGCAGCGCUUUCAAGAGUUGUCUUCGCUGUUGCUGGAGUACCUGAAGGGUAACAAGCCAGAGCAAGGGCCCCUUCAGACCCGGCUUUUUGAAAUAAACCUGAAGCAUUCCCCGCAAGUGGCGGAGGCCAUAUUCCAAAUGGAAAUGCUUACUCACUACGACCGGCAAAAAGUGGGGGCGCUGUGUGAGGCGGCAGGGCUGUACCAGCGCGCUCUGGAGAACUACACGGAGCUGGCAGAUGUGAAGCGCGUGCUGUUGCAAACGGGAGGCAAGAUAUCGCAGGAAUGGAUGGCGCAGUUCUUUGGCCGCAUGGCCCCCGAUGUGUGUGUGGAGAUCUUGACGGAUAUGCUGCGCUCUUCAUCUCAGAACCUGCAGGCCGUGGUAGGCGUGGCCAUCAAGUUCCACGAACAGCUAGGCACAGAACGUUUAAUUGCCAUGUUCGAGCGUUUCAGCAGCUACGAAGGCAUCUUCUACUUUUUAGGCUCCAUCCUGGCCUUCUCCACAGACCCAGAGGUCCACUUCAAGUACAUCGAGGCGGCAGCGAAACUAAACCACACACAGGAGGUCGAGCGAGUCUGCAGAGAAAGCAAGCAUUACGAGCCGCAGCGCGUCAAGGAAUUCCUCAAGCAAGCCAAGCUUAGCGACCCCAGGCCUUUGAUAUACGUCUGCGACCUGCAUGGCUUUGUGGUCGAGCUGACAGAGUACCUGUACAAACACGCCUUGCUGCGGUACAUUGAGGUGUACGUCUCUCGCGUGAAUGCGGCGAACGCCCCGCUGGUGGUGGGGGCGCUCGUGGACCUAGACGCCCCAGAGGACUUCAUCAAGCAGCUACUUCAAGCAGUCCGCGGGAACUGCAGCGCCGCGCAACUCGUAGAGGAGGUCGAGAAGAGGAACAGGCUGAGGCUGUUGUUGCAGUGGCUUGAGCAGCGCGUGGCGGAGGGCAACCAGGACCCAGCAGUUCACAAUGCCCUGGCCAAGAUAUUUAUCGAUACAAACCGCGAUGCGGAGAACUUUUUGAAGACGAAUGCUUUUUAUGAUUCAAUGGAGGUGGGGAGGUACUGCGAAGAAAGGGACCCCCAUUUGGCGUUCAUUGCGUACAAGAGAGCUUGGGGACCAUGUGACACGCAGCUGGUGGAGCUUACAAACAAGAACGGCCUCUUCCGGCUCCAAGCCAGAUACCUCGUGGAGCGUCAGUGCGCGGAACUGUGGGCCUACGUUUUGAGGCCCGAGAAUAACUAUCGGCGGUCGGUGAUAGACCAGGUGGUCUCCUCAGCCCUUCCAGAGUCAUCUUCUGCAGACGAGGUGUCUGCGGCAGUAAAUGCUUUCAUCAGCGCACAGCUGCCACAGGAGCUGACGGAGCUGCUGGAGAAGAUUGUGUUGCACAACAGCGACUUCAGCUCGAACCAGAACUUGCAGAACCUGCUCAUUUUGACAGCCAUCAAAGCAGAACCUUCACGCGUCAUGGGAUACAUAAACCGGCUACAGAAUUUUGACGGCGCGGCGAUUGCACAGGUGGCCCUGGAAAACGGCCUGCGAGAGGAGGCGUUGACGAUAUAUAGGAAGUUUGGGUUGCUGGCGGAGGCAGCAGACACAUUGCUGGAAGCCGCUGCUGGGGGGGGCGAGCAGGAACUCGAAAGAGCCCAAGAAUUUGCUCAGCGCUGCGGCAGUGCGGAGGUGUGGCGCAAACUGGGGAGAGCGCAGCUGCGGCAGGCUCGUGUGGUGGAGGCUGUGGAUUCCUUGAUUAAGGCCAACGACGGUGAAGUGUUCAAGGAGGUUGUUGAGAAGGCAACUGAGCAAGGGGCCUUCGAGGCUUUGGCGGAUUACCUGCUCAUGGCUCGCAAAAGCAUUACUAUCAAGGACCAGACUCUGGAUUCGGAGCUGCUCUACUCCUACGCGAUGACUGAGAGACUCGAGGACCUGGAGAUGUUCCUCAACGGGCCCAACACUGCCAACGUUCAGGCUGUGGGGGAUAGGCUCUUCGAGCAGGGUCGCUAUCAAGCUUCGAAGAUCUUGUACCAGAGUCUGCCAAACUACAGCAAGCUGGCGAGCUGCUUUGUGCGGAUGAAGGACUUUGGGGCGGCUGUGGAUGCUGCGCGAAAGGCAAAGAACCCCAAGACUUGGAAGGAGGUGGCUUUUGGGGCCUUGAAUGAAGGAGACAUAAAGUGCGCCCACACAGCUGGGCUCCAGCUUAUUGCCCAUCCUGACCUGCUCGACGCUUUGGUUGAGGAGUACGAGAGAUGGGGUUUGCAUAAGCAGCUUAUGGAGCUUCUGGAAACAGGAGCUCAAGGGGAGCGGACGCACGUGGGGCUCUUCACUGAGCUGGGAGUGCUGUAUGCGACAUACGACAGCGCCAAACUUAUGGAUCACUGUAAGCAGCACAAGGCACGCAUGAACAUCCCCCGACUUAUUCGGACCUGCGAGAAGUGCUGUCUUUGGAAGGAAGCGGUGUAUCUACACACCAUGUACGACGAGUACGAGCAGGCGGCAAACUGCAUGAUCCUCCAUCCCACGGCGUGGCAACAUGACCAAUUCAUCCAGGUCGUACAGAAGGUCUCCAAUGUGGAGUUGCUCUACCGUGCGAUUUCGUUUUACUUGGAAGAGCAUCCGCUGCAACUGUGCGCGCUGCUCAAGGGCAUUGACCGGAAAGUGGACCACUCGAGGGUAGUACAGCAACUGCGCAAGGCGGGACAUCUCCCCUUGAUAGAAAAGUAUCUACAGGAGCAGCUUCCUCUUAAUAUUGCAGCAGUCAACGAAGCCAUGUUGGAACUCCUCGUCGAAGCCCAAGAUGAAGAGCGCAUUCGAGAGCUAAUCUCCGAGUGCGAUAACUUCGACCAGUUGGGCCUGGCAAAGCAACUGGAGGGGCACAGUGAACUUGGCAUGCGCAGGAUUGCAGCGCUCUUGUAUCAGAAGAACAAGAAGUACUCCCUGGCGAUCGAACUUUCCAAGAAAGACGCACAGCUUCAAGACUGCAUUGAAACUGCUAAGGAGUCAGGCAGCGCCCAGCUAGUGGAAGACUUGCUGAAGUACUUGUUAACGGAUUUGAAAGACCCCGAGGCGUUCGCUGCCUGCCUUCACACUUGCUGUGACCUUGUGAAGCCGGACGUGGCACUGGAGUUAGCAUGGCGCCACAAAGUGGUGGACUUUAUCAUGCCUUACCUUAUCCACGUAGUGCGUGACGUAAACACACGGCUCGACCAGCUGGACAAGCAGCAGCAGCAGCAGCAGCAGUUGCAGCAGAGCGCCCCCAAUGAUUAUGUACCUGACUACAGCAUGCAGCCCAUGACGAUGCUUCCAGGAAUGGGAGGAUUGGCUCUGAUGCCUCCUGCAUCCAACUGCACCCCGUCUCACCAGACCUUUGGUCAGUUCUUGGAAGCCUUGGGCUUGUUUUGGAUGUAUCCGCAGAGAUUUGAAGCGCGGCGAGUAUCCCUCCUUUGUAGAGAAGACACGAAGCGUCCGAGUCACUGCAGGCCUCCUCUGAGAGCUAUGGGGGAGGGCCUCCGAGACGGCUAUGGCCUAGAGUGGGCUGCUGCUGGAGGGAGUCCCAGCCGCUGCCCGUUUCUGCAGGCUGCCUGGUGGAGCUGGGAGCUGGCCUUUCGCAGUGCGCAGGGGCUACCUGCGCUGUCACUUAGAGACUCAGCUGCUACAGCUGCAAGGGGCAGCGAGGCUGCUCUUAGUGCUGCUGUUAGUGUUGUCGUGCUCCUCCCACUUCCUGCCUGCCGGUCUGUUGGUGCUGCCUCGGACUACUCCGAUGCUGCCGCUGAGAAUGGCAGUGUUGGUGUUGAGCCAAGGAAGCAAACAGCAGGAGCUCCUGCUGUUUGUGCCCGUCCUUCGUCCUGUCCUCUAUGGAACCAGAAUGAGGGACCCCCCAGAUGA